AAAAAGUUCUACUUUCCAAUCACUUCCCUUCGUCUCUAUAUACAGCACUGCUACUUCUAGUUUUCAAGAAAAAUCCUUCCUCAAUGGCUUCUCUUUCUCUACCCAAAAUAUCUUUGUUUUGUUUACUGAUAACCUUGGUUUUUUUCUCUUCUCCUUCCGCUGCCCAAUUAAAAUGCAACAUCAGGUCUCUUUACCAACUAGGAGAUUCUCUGGCCGACGCCGGAAACGUCAUCCGUACACCUGGCGCCUCAAUCAUAUUUCGUGCCGACAAAUCUCCUUAUGGCGAGACAUUUUUUAAGAGACCUACUGGUCGUUUCUCAGACGGUCGUAUCAUUAUCGACUAUAUUUCCUCUGCUUUCAACCUCCCCUUCCUUAGUGCUUACUUGGACACAGGCGCUUCUUUUGACCAAGGCGUCAACUUCGCUGUCGCUGGUGGCACGGCGCUUAGUACCCCUUUCUGGACUGCUCGCAAUAUUAAGUUGCCCACCUGGAACACGCCACUACCUGCUCAAUUAAACUGGUUCAAAUCACAUCUGCAGUCCACUUGUGGCUCAAAUUGUACACAAAAACUCAGUAACUCCCUGAUAGUAAUGGGGGAAUUUGGUGGCAAUGACUACUACAAUUGUUUUUUCCAAAACAAGAAAAUACCCGAGAUCCGAACAUAUGUUCCUUACGUUGUUGCUGGUAUUAUUAGAGGCAUCAAAGAUGUGAUUCAGCUGGGUGUAACGCGCGUUUUGGUUCCAGGAGUUUAUCCCUUCGGAUGUCUGCCUCUAUACUUGACAACUUUUCCUGACACUAAUGCUACUGCUUAUGACCAAUUGGGAUGCCUGAGAAAUUAUAAUGAUUUUGCUUCAUACCACAAUAGAUACCUUAACAGAGCUCUAGUAAAUCUAAGACGCGAGUUCCCAAAUGUUGGAAUCGUCUAUGGGGGUUACUACGAGGCGCUUUUGACUCUUCUUUCCAGUCCUUCUUCCUUUGGAUUUAAUCAGAGCACAUUGCUCUCUGCCUGCUGUGGAACUGGAGGACAAUACAACUUUAAUUUUAGGGCUGUGUGUGGAUCAGCUGGUGUUGGGGUUUGCUCUGACCCAGCUAGAUACGUGCACUGGGAUGGCAUUCAUUUGACAGAUGAAACUCAUCGUCGUAUGACAAACAUUGUCGUCAGCGACAUGUUUUCGAAAUUCGGGUGUACCAACAUUCGAGAUUCAGCUGUACUAUCUAGUUAUUGAGUUUCAUGAUUUUCUAUGUUGAGUAUUUGCGUGUUUUGACUAUGAUGAGAUGUGUCCUUUUCUUCUUCAUCAAGAGGUGGAAAAGGAAUAAUUUGAAGAAUGCUUGUUGUUGCAAGUAAA